GCAGGUCCUUAUACCAUUUAAUACUCUGGGGCCACCUUCAAGACACUGGGCUGUGGAUCAACCGAACCACCGCUCCUCUUCCAAGAAUCAUUUUGACAGUUUCUUUUGGAGGUGCUUCUUCUCUCUCUGUCUCUUUUUUUAACCCAUCCUUUUAAACAAAAUGGCACCAAAGAAGGAUGUGAAGAAACCAGCGGCUGCUGCUCCUGCCCCAGCCCCUGCCCCAGCUCCUCCACCUGCCCCACCCAAAGAAGAAAAAAUUGACCUCUCUGCCAUUAAGAUCGAGUUCUCUCAGGAACAGCAGGAUGAUUUCAAGGAGGCAUUUCUCCUGUAUGACAGAACAGGUGAUUGCAAGAUCACCUUAAGCCAGGUUGGUGAUGUGCUUCGGGCCCUAGGCACAAAUCCCACUAACGCAGAGGUCAAGAAGGUGCUGGGAAAUCCCACCAAUGAAGAGAUGAAUGUCAAGAAAAUUGAGUUUGAACAAUUUCUUCCCAUGAUGCAAGCUAUUUCUAACAACAAGGAGCAGGGCACUUAUGAAGACUUUGUUGAGGGUCUGCGAGUCUUUGACAAGGAAGGCAAUGGCACAGUCAUGGGUGCUGAACUCCGUCAUGUUCUGGCCACACUGGGUGAAAAGAUGAAAGAGGAGGAAGUGGAGACACUGAUGAAAGGUCAAGAGGACUCCAAUGGAUGCAUCAACUAUGAAGCUUUUGUCAAGCAUAUCAUGUCUAUCUAGAUGGAGCUCUCAAGAUCAACAUUGUUUAGGAAGACAGGCUGGAAACUUAUUUUAUAACACUCAUGUCCAGAUCUGUUUACCAUCAUUCAGAAAAACAAAACAGUGUGGACCGUUCUAGACUGAAGGAUUCCCUAAAUUUUUUAUACCUUACAUUUCUCUCUGAAUUGUAUUCAUACCACACAAACCAACUGUCUCCUGCUCUAAAGAUGAAAAAUACUGACAAUCUCAAACCCAAGCACCAAACUUUAUUUUCUACUGUGGGUCGAUGAACAUCCUUAAAUUAAUAAAUCAAUAAAUAAUUUUGGUCAGUCUGGAAUAUUCAA